AUGUACACCUCCAGCAAGUCGGUGCACAUGUCGUCGAGCUCAUCCUCGGAUCGCCGUUCCACGUCCGGAAUUGGUGGCGGCGCCUCGUACCGUAGCGAUCUGGGCAAUCCGAUUGGUGGAGGGGCUACGUACACUCCUAUUCACACCCUUGGCGGGGGUGCUACACCUUCGGAUUCUGGGAUUGGUGGAGGGAAUGGUGGAGGGAUCGGUGGAGGGGCUUCUCCCUACGCCGGAACGUACACCCCGACUGGGUCCCUGCGUAGCCCCAGGGUUCCGUUGGCCACCUAUCCGGGCCGUGCUAAUUCGUAUGGAUCAAGCCGCGUCCUGAAGAUGGUCACCGAGAUGGGCUCCGCCACGAUCGGCGGUAUCUCACCCGCCCUGUCGGCCAACGCCGCCAAGAGCUUCUUGGAGUCGACCGACAAGGAGAAGAAGGAGCUCCAGGGUCUGAACGACCGUUUGGGCAACUACAUCGACCGCGUCAAAAAGCUGGAGGAGCAGAACCGGAAACUCGUCACCGAUUUGGAUGAGCUGCGCGGCAAGUGGGGAAAGGACACCACCGAGAUUAAGAUCAAAUACUCGGACUCGCUCUCAAACGCUCGCAAAGACAUCGACAACGCCGCCCGCCAGAAGGCCGAGAUCGACGUGAAGGUCGCCCGUCUGCGCGACGACCUCGCCGAGUACCGCGCUCGCUAUGAGGACAUUGGCCACCGCCGUGAGGGAGAUCGCGAGAAGAUCCAGCAGUGGACCAACGCCAUCGCCGACGCCCAGAACGAGCUCGAGAUGCUCCGCGCUCGCUACAAGCAGCUGACCGACGAGGAGAAGCGCCUCAACGGCGACAACACCCGUCUUUGGGAGGAGCUGCAGAAGGCUCGCGCUGACCUCGACGAGGAGACGAUCGGGCGCAUCGAUUUCCAGAACCAGGUGCAGACCCUUAUGGAGGAGCUCGAGUUCUUGCGCAGAGUUCACGAGCAAGAGGUGAAGGAGCUCCAGGCCCUCCUCGCCCAGGCCCCCGCCGACACCCGCGAGUUCUUCAAGAACGAGCUCGCCCUCGCCAUCAGAGACAUCAAGGACGAGUACGACUACAUUGCCAAGCAGGGCAAACAGGACAUGGAGAGCUGGUACAAGCUCAAGGUGUCCGAGGUGCAAGGAUCCGCCAACCGCCAAGCCAUGGAGAGCAACUACCAGCGCGAGGAGGUCAAGAGGAUGCGCGACAACAUUGGAGAUCUGCGCGGAAAGUUGGGAGAUCUUGAGAACAAGAAUGCCCUGCUCGAGAAGGAGGUCCAGAACCUCAACUACCAGCUCGGAGACGACCAGCGACAAUACGAGCUUGCCCUCAACGACCGCGACGCGACCCUCCGCCGUAUGCGCGAAGAGUGCCAGACCCUGGUCGCCGAGCUGCAGGCCCUGCUCGACACCAAGCAGAUGCUCGACGCCGAGAUUGCCAUCUACCGCAAGAUGUUGGAGGGAGAAGAGAGCCGCGUCGGGCUCCGCCAGAUGGUCGAACAGGUCGUGAAGACGCACUCGCUCCAGACCCAGGAGGACACCGAUUCCACCCGAAAUGUUCGCGGAGAAGUGUCGACCAAGACCACCUUCCAGCGAUCCGCCAAGGGCAACGUGACGAUCGCCGAGUGCGAUCCUAAUGGAAAAUUCAUUACCCUUGAGAACACCCACAGGACCAAGGACGAGAACCUCGGGGAGCACAAGCUGAAGCGAAAGCUGGACAACCGCCGCGAGAUUGUCUACACCAUCCCCGCCAACACCACCCUCAAGGCCGGCCGCACGAUGAAGAUCUACGCCCGUGACCAGGGUGGCCUCCACAGCCCUCCCGAUUCCCUCGUCAACGACCUCGAGAACACCUGGGGAAUCGGAGCCAACGUCGUCACCACGCUGCUGAACAAGGACGGCGAGGAGCGCGCCACGCACACGCAGAAGACGGUGCAGACCGGAAAC